GUAUAAACCUGCGCUUUGUAGUUCACGUGUUUUGGAUGAUUCUAGUGCCAUGAAGCUGGAGCUGUCUAAGGUGGUGCAAGGUUGCCGUCUGGGGCUGUUGAGCGGCAUCGGGCAAACCGGGCAGCACUCGUUGGAAGUUCCAGGCUGUCUCCUGUACACCCGCUGUGCCACUGUGCCCCAUUUGACCCAGGACACACUUCACACACUCAGCAACCUGCCUGCAGUUACACAGGUCACACUGGAGAGCCUCGCAGAGCACCAGGAAGUCCUGGAGGAGUUUAAAGAUGGUGUAAAAAAGUUUGCAGGUCUACACGACACAAUGCUGUUCUGCUCCCUCCAUGACCCUGCUGUGACCCAUCCCGCUGGCCACGUCACCAACAAGACGGUGUCCGUGUGGGGCAGUGGAGGAAGAAUAGAACUGUCAGUGGGCAAGUUUAUGGCCAUGCAGGCAGCCAUCCGGCCAGACUGCUACGAAAGCAUGGCCGAUGGAGAGACGUGGCAGAUGAACACGUCACGGAAGAGGGUGCAUAAAGCAGUGGAACGUACUCUCUCGCAUCUAGACCAGUGUCUUGAAUUACACCAUAAAACGCAGGAACUGAAAGGAUCUGCGAUAUUUGGCGUAGUGGAAGGAGGUGACAUCUUGGAGGAGAGGCUGAGGUCAGCACGCGAGACGGCCAAACGGCCUGUGGCUGGAUUUGUCCUUGAUGGCUUCCAGUCCACCUCUAUGGGGCAGGAGCUCAGGGAGCAGCUGAUCACAGCAGUGACUGCAGAGAUACCUCAGGAAAAACCAAGGUUGUUGAGAGGCGUGGGCCGUCCAGAUGAGGUCAUAGCUUGUGUGGAAGCUGGAGUGGAUCUGUUUGAGGGCUUCUUCCCUUUUCAGGUGACGGAGAGAGGCUGCGCCCUCAGCUUUAACUACACCAUCACACCUGACCCAGAGACUGCAGGUACAUCUCUCCGUACAGUGUUGGAAUCGAAUGGAGAGGAGUCUGCUGUUGAAGAGCUGAAGAAAAAUGGAGACGACAGCCCUGAAAAUAUGACCCGAUUUGAGAUGAACUUGAAGGACACAAGGUACCGGGAUGACUUCCGCCCGCUGGUGGACGGGUGUAACUGUUACUGCUGUAAGAACCAUAAAAGGGCUUACGUCCAUCAUCUGCUGGUGACCAAUGAGCUGCUAGCAGGGGUGUUACUAAUGUUGCACAACACUGCUCACUACCUGGGAUUCUUCUGUGCUCUGAGGGAAGCCGUGGCCAACAACCGGCUCCAGGACUUCAAGAGCAAAGUGUUGGAGUGAACAACAUGGACUGAAGAAUGCAGAAUAAAUGCAGUAACAGAGGUUUUGGGGCAGCGAGAAGUGUAGUGUUGACGAACAAGAUCACUGUCCCCUUUUUUUUCAUAAAUCUGAAAAAGACAGCAGUCUAAUUGAAAGUAGGAAGUCCACCAUUUUAAGAAAUUUUAAACUUAAUUCCUUUUAAAGUAGUAAUAUUUUCACACAAGCUGGACACAAAGAAAUGUAUUUAUCGAGCAGUUAUACAAGAAAUGUGGUAUUUAUGAAAAUCCAGUUAUUUCAAAACAAGUUUGUAGCCUACAAGAACGCCUAUGUUUGUGUGAAAUUUUUUUUUAUGAGCAGACUCGCUAAUGUUAACCUUAAUGAAUCAGCUUUAACUUGUACAAAUGGCAGUGAGUUGCUGCAGCUUUAUAUAUUGCUUAUGCUGAGUUUAACUGCUUAAUUAUUUAAAUUACACCCAGAUUCUAUGAACAAGUGUCUGUUUUCAUAUUAAUGACAAAUCCAUAAAUAAAAAAAAAAAAAGACAAGCCAUUUACUUCGAACAAAAGUAUUGGCUCCCUAUGAACAGAUGACGUAUUAUUGAAAAAUUUAAAUUAGUUUUUUACUCUAACCUGAUGUGCACUUCUCCAGAAAUCUAACUAAAGGUUGUGGUGUCGUUGACUGCAACUCCUGUGAUUGGUCGGUCUGCUUGGUUCCAUCGCCUUUCCGGCUGCUCUUUCUUCUCUGUGAAAAUUGGAUAUCUACUAUCAGGAUAAUUUGUGAAUAUAAAUACAGUGCAAACUUUGUUAUAGAUUUCCAUUUUAUGACUUCUACAUUAUCGCGUCAGUACAAAAGCAUUUUAGAGUCCGAAUGUUCAUUUUCCAGCAAAAAAAUUUAAUGUUACAGAAAACAGUUUGUAUAAGUUUAGAUUAAAAAAAGAGAACCUAAUGAAGGCUACUGGGUUUGGGUGCAAAAUCAAGAAGCAAGUGUGACUGUCAAAGUGUCCAGAAGAACUGUAGCUGGUUCUGCAAGAUGCUCAGUAAAACCUAUGGCUCAUUUCCUUAUAAAACUGCACUCAUUGUACUGGAGACUACUAUUUUAUUUAUUUUAAA